AUGAGCCCCCUUCCAGACAUGGGCUGGCAGGAGAACCACGUCGUCCCCAAGCCCACCGACCGCGAGGAGCUCGUCCUCGAGGCCUGGGCCCAGGGCUACCUCGUCGGCUCCCUCAUCAUCAUGGCCUUCAUCACCCUCGCAAACAUGCGCAGAGGCGUCUUGUUGCACAAGCUCAUUCUCGGCUUAUGGCAAGGCUUCUGGUUAUUCUUCCCCACCCCUGUUCACGCCUGGUGGCUCUCGGUUGCCGCCAUCUUCCUUAAUGCUUCAUGGUCGCUGCACAAUGUCAUUGCCUGGAUGAAGAUCAAGCCAUUUUUCUCAAAACCCACCAGCUACAUCUUCAUUGGCACCAUCAUUCUUGCCCAGCCAUACUGGAUCCUCGAGAUUUACGCAAACUUUGCCUACUUCCACGGCGUCAACAGGCUCUUUCUCAGCACCAGGCCCUAUGAGGCUCUCUGCCGCGAUCCAUGGUGGAUUUUGACCACCGUCUACCUCUUCUGGGUCAUCAAGACACAGUAUGAGCUCAGCAUCAAGGAAAUCAUACGCAUCUCUCCGCGCUUCGGUAUCAUGCUUUUCUCCAUGGUUCUCAGCAUCAUCUUCAUCAUCAUGGACAUAUUGUCUGUCACCGGCGCGCUUUCUCUCCCCGGCCCUACCGGAAUCAAUCCUUUCUGGAAAUUCGCCUUCGUCUUCAAGUGCUUGACCGACUCGGUAGUUCUUGACGAUUUCAAGGUCGCCCUGGACCGUCUCCGCGCUUUCCGAAUUAGCCGAUUAGGCAGUUUCUCUGGAGACAUGAGCGACAGCCGCAGCCGCAACGGCAACAACCUCGUCGCCACCUGGGAAGAGAUGGAGAGGGAGGCAAAUGCUCUACAAAAUGUCCGCAGCCCCGAUGGCGACUAUAUUCAUCCCAGCAAUUUCCCCUUCAAGCCCAAGCGCGCUCGCAGGCCACACAAGGACUCGGUCAUGUUUCCAAACCAACCCGACUACCGCGACUGCAACGCCGGCCUAGACCCCGAGGACAUUGUACCCAGUGCGCUAGUCGAUGAGCCUACUGGGCCACUAGACAACGGACAUCCCGGAAGCAAGAAACAGCAUCACUUCAUCGACGACAUGUAUGGCCCUGAUGAAAGACACAGGGUCGCCGAAAACGACUACGCAGAAGCAAUGAGAGAUAUGCAUCGCGACAGUCUACUCACACCCGCACCAGCCCCUGAGUCUCCGCGGAAAUUCGGGCCUCAUGGUUGA